AUGCGGGCGACAACUGAAUCAGAUUCCGAAUAUCUAGUUGAUACAAAAAAUUGUCGUACUACUGUUAAGUGUAAACGAAAAUCAUUAAAGAAGACAAUUAAAUUAAUUCAUGGACGCUGUGUUGUGAUUUAUAGAGGGAGUGGUGACUUAUUACCCAUUGCAGCAAAAGAUGCUGAUCGAAACUGUUAUUGUGAUUUUGUUUUUGUUGUACAUGAUAAAAAUUCACAAGUAGAACGUAGAAUGUCUCCUGCAAUACCUAGAACGACAUCUGCUUUAAAAGAGACUCGUAUUUCUGAAGGCAAAUUAUUCGGAGAUACUAAAUACGUUACGAAAAAAACAGUAAGAAAAAUGGAGCAAGAUGACGAUGAUUCUGUUGACUUUCACGAAUCUCUAGAUGAUGACGAUAUAAACGAAAAUGUUAGACAUUUUCGUAAUACAAAUUAUACGAAAGAUUGUGCUACUUCAAAUUCAACAGUAACAACCACUUCAAUUUAUAAUAUAGAUCAAAAGAAUAUGAUAAAUAAUUGUUUAUCAGAGGCGCAAAUACUAACGAAUUUGAAACAGGAUGAUGAAAGUGAAGAGUUUGAUGAUGAUAAUGCAGAAGAACAAUCAGUUAAUCAACAAACAGAAAAUUCAAUGGUUAGUACUGAUAACGCGUAUGACAUAAUUAACGGGAUGCAGAUUAUCACGACGCACGAGAAAUAUGAGAAAGACGGAAUCAAUCAACAUACUGAUAAAAUUUCUGAAAAACAAUGCAAUGGUGAAGAUGAACUCAUUUUGUUGAAAGAAGAAAUAGAUGUCACCGAUUUUGAGGACAUACCACUCGUUUACUAUCAAAAUAGAAUAAUACACGGGUGA